AAUAAAAUUUUAAAUUAUUCAAGUUUCCCGCGUCUCGUUAUAGGGGGUGUUCUGCAUUACCGGUACAAACCGAUUUCCUUUUCCGCUUGUCGACGAAUGACAACAGACAGAAAAUGCCUUCCGUAACUUUGAAAGACGUGGAUCAACACAAAUUUGUUAAGGCUUUCGCCUCUUUCUUAAAAAAAUCUGGUAAACUCCGUGUACCAGAAUGGGUGGACAUCGUGAAAACCUCCCGCGCUAAAGAAUUAGCCCCAUACGACCCUGACUGGUUCUACGUCAGAUGUGCUGCUGUCGUCAGACACAUCUACAUCAGGUCCCCCAUUGGUGUGGGCUCAGUUACCAAGAUCUUUGGUACCCGUAAACGUAAUGGCACCAAACCCUCCCACUUCUGCCGCUCCGCCGGAAAUAUUGGACGCAAGGCUCUGCAGAGUUUGGAAGCCCUUAACCUGAUCGAAAAGUCAGUUGAUGGUGGUAGGAAGUUGACACAACAAGGCAGAAGGGAUCUGGACAGAAUUGCUGCCCAAGUUAAAGCCAAGGAACGCAAAGCACUGAAAGCUGGUGGUGUACUUUCUUUGCAGUAAGGUUAUGUAUAAAUAAAACAUUUAAUAUAACUUU